AAACAAAAAAAAAAAGAAAACUCGCAAAUUAUUAUGUAACAAUUAUUGCACAAUUAAAUCAUCUUUUUUUUUGAUUUAUCAAAUUAUACUUCAAUUAAAUAAUGUAAUUUAAAUUACAAAAAUUUAUAUUUCACAGUGAUUAAUUUAUAUCUAACAUUCCUAACACGAACAGCCUAAUGUCAAUCUCAUAAAUUAACAUAACAUACACAAGAUUUCAAGCUUCCAGAAAGUACUUCAAUAUUUUAAAACGUAGAAGCCUCUAAAAAAAAGAAAGAAGGUAUUAUUAAUAUUAUUUGUUAAUAUUAUUUAUAAUAAUAAUAGGUAUUGAUAAAAAGUACUGUUAGUACUAAAGUAAGACGAUAAGUAUUGUCAUUAAAAAGCCAUUUCAAAAUUUUAUCUCAAAUGAAUCGUUACGGAUCACUCUAACAAGUAGGAGCUAUCACGAAUUUUUAUUCAAACAGCUAUUAACAAAAAUCCCAAUGUAAACGUCGCUAUCUUGUUCGAAGAAAUAUCCGUCUACGUGGAAAACAUGCUUCCAAAAUCAUAGUUCUAGCAAUGGGGAAGCACGAAUCAAUACGAGUCAUCCUUGAAUAAUUUUUUUUCUUUUUUCCCAACACCACGUUCUAAGCCGAUCAGGAAUAAAAAGUACGCGAUGCUAUUGCACCCAACGCAGUACCCGCUGAUACGUUUUCACGUGAAGGAUCUCGUUCCUGUUCACCAUUCACUGGGAAAAUCUGAGGAGAUGGCACGCUACGCGGAAGAUGUGUACUACGAGUUCGCGAUCAAGUUAACUCACGAUGCCGCGCAAAUACUCAAAGCAGCUAUCAACGGUGCGAAGAAAGUAGACGAGAAGUUGGGCAAUUGGGACUUGGUAACAGAAUAUGAUCGAAAGAUAGAGGACGUGGUUAUUGGUCAACUAAAAGCAAAGUUCCCUAACCAUAAAUUUAUCGGUGAAGAAUCGACUGGAAAAGAGCUUCCAGAGCUGACCGAUGAUCCCACGUGGAUUAUUGAUCCAAUCGAUGGCACUACCAACUUUAUUCAUGGAUUCCCUCACACUUGCGUUGUAAUCGGUUUGUCGAUUAAGAAAGAAAUGGUGAUUGGCAUCGUUUACAACCCUGUUCUGGAACAAUUGUUCACAGCGAGGAAAGGUCGGGGAGCGUUUUUAAACAACAAACCUAUAAAGGUGUCUAAUGUUCAAGAUUUGUCGAAAGCUUUGGUCUGCAUGGAAAGUGGUUUCAUAAAAGUGGAUCACAUGAGAGAAAAAACUAUUGAAAGAAUACGAGCAAUCGUUCUAGAAGCUCAAGGCAUUCGCACACUUGGUGUGGCGGCAUUGACGUUAUGCUACGUUGCAAUGGGAAUUGUCGAGGCUUAUUAUAUUGAGGGGCCAGGUAUCUCUACUUGGGAUAUCGCCGCAGCAUCGUUAAUUAUUUCCGAAGCAGGUGGCGUCGUUGUCGAUCGUGAAAAGAUUAACAUCAUGAAACCACGUGCAAUUGGGGCAUGCAACGAGAAAAUCGCAAACAAAUUAGUUGAACUUAUUCGUGAGGCUGAUCAAAGAGUGAAAUAGAGGAAUGGAUAAAAAUGAAUAUAUUUAUAAUUAUAAUAAAAUUAGUUCCUACUAGCAGGGCGUUAUUUCAUAGAAUGUUACUUGGGUAACAUUCUUAGGACAUACACAUAAUAAAAUAUAGAAAACGUAUAUGUUCAGAAAAAAUUAAAAAAACUGCAUAUUUUUACAAGAAAAUUGAUAAUAAAAUAUGACUCGAAUGAAAACUUGUUUCGUAUGUUUUGCAUAUUUUUUAAGUAUUUAUUUUCUAAGUAAAAUAUGUAUUUCAUAAUUGUAUUAUGUACUAACGUUCGUUAAAUAUUAAUAUGAAAAGAUUUAAUGAUUAAUAAAAAUAAAAAUUUAUCAGAAA